CUCAAACCCUAAAGAUCGUCAGGAACGACAUUCAGUCUCUCUACGUACCGCUGCCGCCUCCGUUUUCCGUCUAGUGAUCGUUACUGAAACAAUGGCGAUGGUGGAGAAAUCGGCUCCAAGCAAGCUCCGGUGGGGGGAGCUGGAAGAGGAGGACGGCGAAGACCUGGACUUCCUCCUGCCGCCGAAGCAGGUAAUUGGGCCCGACGAGAGCGGGGUCAAACGGGUAAUUGAGUAUAAAUUCAACGAGGACGGCAACAAGGUCAAGAUCACGACCACGAGCCGCGUCAGGAAGCUCGCCAAUGCGCGCUUGAGCCGAAAGGCGGUGGAGCGGAGGAGCUGGGCCAAGUUCGGCGACGGCGUUCACGAAGACGUCGGCGCUCGCCUGACCAUGGUCUCUACGGAGGAGAUCCGCCUCGAACGUCCCAAGGCUCCAGCAGGCAGCAAAGAGGAAGAGAGCAAGACGGCCGGCGACACCUUGUCCCAGCUGAACAAGAACACGUUCCUGAUGCUGUGCAGAACCUGCGGGAAGAAAGGGGACCACUGGACGUCACGCUGCCCGUACAAGGACCUCGCCACCCAGGCAGAAUCAUCGUUUCCUGACAGCGUGAAGCCUGCAGCAUCCGAGGCCGCCGGGAAAGAAGCGGCUGCUGCUGCUGCCAAGGCCGCCUACGUGCCGCCGAGCAUGAGGGCGAACGCGGACAGGAGCAGCGUGGUGGGGUCGGACAUGCGGCGGAGGAACGAGGAGAACUCGGUCCGGGUCACCAACCUGUCGGAGGACACGCGGGAGGAAGACCUGCGCGAGCUGUUCAACCCGUUCGGACCGGUGAGCCGGGUCUACGUGGCGAUGGACCAGAAGACAGGGGUGAGCAGGGGAUUUGGGUUUGUGAAUUUCGUGAGUAGAGAAGAUGGGGAGAGGGCCAUCAGGAAGCUGAAUGGGUAUGGGUAUGACAACCUUAUUCUUCGUCUCGAGUGGGCGACGCCCAGGAAGACCAACUAGCUAGGUGGAGAGGGAUUAGACUGGGGAUUUUUUUUGUUGUUUUUUUACUUGGUUAUAGUCAUAAGCUCUUGCUCUGUCAGGAAUAACGUUUUUUUUUUUACUGUCUAAUUGAUUAGUUCGCGUUAUUUGCAAGAGGAGGCUGACGAUGUUCUGUUUCUGAUUGGGAACUUGUUUGCUUUGACUGGUGUUAUACUGUGCUCAAUGAUCGGGCUAGAGCUUGAUGUUCAGUUUACAUGGUAUCUUGCAACAUGUGUCGGAAUAAGUAUUGUUUGGUUCGGUGUAGUUGUGUAAAAAAUUGAAUGAAGAGGAG